AUGACUUCUACCGGGCCAAACGAGGACAUCGAGUCCUGUCCGGACACUGGACCGCGGAAUUUCGCGUCCAGGUUCUUCGCUAGGAUUCCGAGCUGUCCAGUGAAGAGUCCACAGCCCCUGAAGGAAUUCGUGGGUCGCUGCCAGACGAUGCCAUCACGGGUGAAGAAGUCCUUCUGCGGUUGCCUCCAGGAUGACGAGCCACCGGAAAUCACGUAUUGCGUUGUGGAGCACACGGGUACGCUCACGCUUCAAGCGAUGACGCCCACUUUGCCGAUGCCCGCCGAGGAGGAGCUGAACAAGAUGUUUCUCGAAUUGGUGGACGAGCUGGACCUGACCCAGGCCAACCGACAGGCGGUUCUGGCACUUCCGGCGAACAAAAAGUGGCAGAUAUACUGUUCCAGAAAAGGGAAUGGCACGCUGGAGAACGGCGGACUGAGAACCACCGACUUGAGCGGCGAUCCUGAAGACUAUAUCAACAGGCUGAGGACUAUAGCCAGUAGUCCGUUUCCUGAAGAGGGCGAGGAGGUCUCGAAUCAGAUGAGGCAGACAGAGGCCCUGAAGACUGCCCUGAGGACGCAGCCGCAUAGUUUCGUCCUCAGGUUCAUAGAACUGGACGGGUUAAAUGCUCUGCUGCAGGUUCUUGGUACCAUGGACGCUGAAGCAGCUAAUAGUAAUCUUCAUACCAGUGUGAUAGGGUGCUUGAAGGCGUUGAUGAAUAAUUCGAAUGGAAGAGCACACGUACUGGCACACCCAACAGCUAUCAACACGAUAUCUCAGUCGCUGGCGACUGAGAACAUCAAGACGAAGAUUUCAGUUCUAGAAAUUCUCGGCGCUGUCUGCUUGGUCCCUGGCGGUCAUCGAAAGGUCCUGGAAGCUAUGCUGCACUUCCAGCAAUAUCACUCGGAGCGUACGCGUUUUCAAUGCAUCAUCAACGAUCUGGAUAAGAAUUUCGGGAUCUACAAAGACAAUUUGUCUCUGAAGACCGCGAUCAUGUCGUUCAUCAACGCUGUGUUGAACUAUGGACCUGGCCAGGUGACACUGGAGUUUAGGCUGCACCUUAGAUACGAGUUAUUGAUGCUUGGUAUACAGCCUAUCAUCGAGAAGCUGAGAAAGUACGAGAACGAGACUCUGGAUAGGCAUUUGGACUUCUUCGAGAUGGUGAGAAACGAGGAUGAAAAAGAACUGGCUAGGAAGUUCGAGAAAGAGCACGUCGAUACGAAGAGCGCCACUGCGAUGUUCGAUUUGUUGAGGAGGAAGCUCAGCCACACCGCUGCCUAUCCUCAUCUGUUGAGUCUCUUGGAACAUUGCCUCUUACUACCUUUGGACUACGGUUCUCAUCCUCAGCACUGGCUGCUGUUCGACCGGAUCGUGCAGCAGAUCGUUCUCCAGUCGGAAGGAAACGAGACAGGCACGAUAAGGAACCCAGACGUAGCUCCGAUAGAGAUCAACGUGAAGGAAAUCGUUCAUUUGCUCGCUAAGGAAGAGGAACUCGUCGCGGCGAGGAAGAAGGCUGAAGAGUUGGAGCGGGAAAACUCGGACAUGUCGACCAGAUUGGCCAAGAAGGAACAAGAGCUUGAUCUGAGGACACAGGAGAAAGAAGAUAUAGAGGCAAGCUUGGCCAGGGUGAAAGAACGCCUCGAGAAGGAGACAUCGAUGCACAUAGAGACCAAACAGAGGAUCUCAGAACUGCAGGACAACCUGGAGGCGUUAUCCCGUCAGAUAAAUAACGAGAAGUCGGAGAGAAAGCGAUUAGAACAGCUGGUAGCUUCGGGAAGCCUACCGGAUGACGCCAAAGCGACGAUUAAAAUCGUAGAAGACGAAGUUCUGGAAAAAGUCGAGGCGAAGCCGAUGCCACCGCCACCUCCGCCACCUCCCCUGGCUCCUCCGCCUCCUCCUUGCUUAAUGCCAACAGCUCCUCCUCCGAUGAAGGUGGAGAUAAUCAAGAACGUUCCUCAGCCAAGCAACCCCCUGAAGUCCUUCAACUGGUCGAAGAUACCCGAGCAGAAGUUACAGGGUACUAUAUGGUCUGAGCUAGACGACACGAAGCUCUACAACGUCAUGGACCUGGAAUCCAUCGAUAAGAUCUUCUGCGCUUAUCAGAAGAACGGUGUGUCCGCCGAGGGUUCGAUCGAAGACCUGAGGACUUUGGGGAAGAACAAGAAGACCAUGUCGGUGAUCGACUCCAGGAGGGCUCAGAAUUGCACUAUACUCCUGUCCAAGUUGAAAAUGUCAGACAACGAGAUCACCAGGACGAUCUUGUGUAUGGACCAACAGAAUAUUCUUCACAUAGACAUGGUAGAGCAGCUGUUGAAGUAUAUUCCUUCUUCGGAAGAAGCUGCUCUGUUAGAUAUGCAUCAGAAAGAACUGCAGAGCAGAGCUGACUGUUUCUUGUACCAAAUAUCCAAAGUACCGCACUACGAGCAAAGACUGCGUUCCCUUCACUACAAAAAGAAAUUCGCUGCCAGCAUUGCAGAAUUGACGCCUAGAAUGCGCGCGGUCCUCGAAGCUAGUCGACAAGUGGCUAGGUCUCGACGGCUGAGAAAGCUCCUGGAAUUGGUCUUGGCCCUGGGGAAUUACGUGAACCGUGGGAACGCUCGAGGAAACGCCUGUGGCUUCCGCCUGGCCUCCUUGAACCGUCUAGUCGACACUAAGUCCUCUUGCUCCAAAGGAACAACCUUGUUGCAUUAUUUGGUUCAGGUUUUGGAGUCUAGGUUUAGAGAGGUGCUGGAUAUAGAGGAAGACAUGCCUCACGUUCGAACCGCAGCUAGAGUCAGCAUGGCUGACUUGCAGAAAGAGGUGGCUAACCUGAAGAACGGUCUCCAGGAUGUUCAGAGAGAAAUAGAAUUCCAUCGUGGACAGUCUCAGGUGCUGCAGGGAGACAUGUUCCUGCCAGCAAUGAGGGACUUCCAGGCACAGGCCACGUGUAGGCUAGCGGAAGCAGAGGAUUUGUUCCAAGACAUGAAGACCAGAUUCGAUCGAGCUGUCAGAUUGUUCGGAGAAGAUUCAGCAGGUGUUCAGCCGGACGAAUUCUUCGGAAUCUUUGAAAAUUUCUUGCAAGCGUUAGCUGAGGCUAGAGCGGACGUAGAGAAUAUGAGGAAGAAGAUAGAAGAAGAGGAACGUAGGGCGAAACAGGAACAAGAACUUCGAAAGAGAACGAUCGAGAGAAAGAACUCUCGCGAAGGGAUAUUGAACAGUAUCUCCCUGAGCAAGAAGAACGAGGCAAACAGCAACGGUCAGAACGACAACAAGGGUGAAUUCGACGAUUUGAUAUCGGCUCUUCGAACCGGGGACGUUUUCGGAGAGGAUAUAGCGAAGUUUAAGAGGUCGAAGCGUAGACCAGUGACACCGAGCGGUCAGGAGUCGCGCAGACACAGCGCGCAUAGGGAGGACUCCAGAGAGCGGCAUUGAAAUCUCCGGGAGAGUCAUGUCAGUGACUUGAACGUCGUGAAAUAUGUUUAAACAAUAAUGUGAUAGAGUGAAGAGUUGCCUCGGAGGAGAUUCAUUUUCUCACGUAGGAGGAACAGA